AUAGAAACUGUCAAACUGACAUUUCAACUAAAAAGAAAAACAUUUGCUUUGGCAUUGGCACUUGACAAUUGAAUUUUCAUGGCCAAUACUGUUUUACAAUUGGCAAGGAAGUACGGUGUAGUCGUGUUUUUUCCAACUUUUACAGUAACAACUAUAUACGCUGAUUGGUCACAUACACGUGAGUGGAAACGGCAACAAAGACUAUUACUUAAGAAUCAGGAGCUACUAAAAAACUAAAGUAAAUAUGGUACUUGGAAUCGAU